UCUUUAUGUUUCAUAUCUAUAUAGCAUAGCUCGUAUAGCAUAGCAUCCGCAUGCUUGCCCCUACAUUGAUAAGGACUCGAGGAAUUCCACCCUAUCGACAACGUUACAGCUCCUUCAAUGUCAAGUCUCCUGAACUUCGGCAUGACGUCCUCAAAGAGAGAGAAGCACUACCCCAACAGUCGCGCGCGGCGUCACGACGUCGUGAUCUCGCAAGGCAAGAAGAGCCGGAAAGACAAGGACGGCGACACGGAAUCCGUCUCCUCCUCCACCCCCUCAUCAACCGACACGGCGCCGGCCCCCGAGCCGAAAUGUCCCCUCCGGUUCAUGCUGAUCGGCAUGAUGGAAGCCGAAAGCAAGGCCGGCAAGAAGGGCGGCUGUCCGCUCCGCCGCGUCCAACUCUGGCACGUCAUCCCCUUGUGCCUGCUGGCGAUUAUCAAUCUCCUGCUGGUCAUCAUUGCGUUGCUCGGUCUCGCUGGCUAUCAGAUUGCGAUGGGAGUGCAAGGGUUGGUGAUUAGUCUCGUGAAGGCGGAUCUCGAUAGCGAUCCGUACGAGGAGAGUCUGGCGGGAACGGAUGAUGCGACGACGCUGGUUUCUGAGAAGCGGUGAGCUCGACGAGCUGCAUACUGACAGCGAAUGGAUGCGACGUUCCCGCUCAGAAACCAUCUCUACUCUUGUAAGUUGUCGAGGUAGUCAUGGAGAAGGGCGCACGGUGCACCCAACUUCAUCCCUUGAACCGACCUUUGAUUUGAAGCCGCAAGCAGGUCGACGACGAUAACUCCAUCUCACGACACGCUCUUCAUCACCAUCAUAUUCGUUUGCAUCGGUUCACUCGCCCGGACGCCUUCGCAUGCGUUUGUGGUACCUCGAAGAGAUAUCCAUAUCCACCCCGCCUUGUCGAGCUUAUCUACCGACCUUAGCCCAGCUGACAGAUUAGCUCAGCAUGGUCGCUUAACCCCUGGUCUCGGCUAUCGGAUAAGCGAUAAGACGGAAGGGGUUUAGAGCAGAGAUUAGAGAUUACCCCGCAUGAGGAAAGCUCCGAGGUGCAUCAUGUGAGAGAGAUGUCAGAUGUCAUGUGCAGGAUGUUAAUGGA